AUGUGCAACAUCAACAUUACUGAGGCGACCGUUGUAGUCACGCCUGCGUGGAUCAUCGAGCACACCGGCAAGUUGCUGGAGGAAAUCUGCACAAGGAAUCCGAUACCGUGGCAGGAUAUCGACGCAUGUGUCUUCGUCCUCACUGGUGUCGCGCCUCGUGCGGCGGCUGGGCAGGACAAAGUCAUCCCCAGACUGAUCGAAUUGCUGCCCCAGCUGCCCUACCCCGAUGCCGGCAACAAGGCGCUGCUAAUGCGCUCGGCUGCCAGCCGCUUGGUGCUUUUCACCUCAGGCUACCUGGCGCUUCAUCCAGCACCCUGCAAGGAGAUCCUGAAGUUCCUUUCCUUGCAGCACCUUCCAUCGAUCUUGCCGUUGAAAGAGGGCUCCGAGAAGGAUAUGAAGAAGUAUUGCGAGGCUUUGGCUUGCGAUGCAAUGAAGAUGGUCAUGACUGCUGCACGCAAGACCAUCGUGGCUUUGGAGGGCGGAACAUUGUGGCAAGAAGCUGUCACGGCGGUGAUCAACUUGGUCGCUGACAGCCGCUUGAACGUCGACUGCCGUGCGCAGCUGGUGUUCGGCAUCGGCCAAGUGCUUUCCGUGCUGACUGACUGGAACGACCUGGAGCAUGCACUCAGUAUGUUCGUCUCCCGAAUGGAAGGGCCCAUCCAGCCAAUACUUACUGCGCUGCCAGCGGAGCCGCUGGGCAGCCGUGCGGUCAAGGCCACGCGCGAUGGCAAAGCUCCCGUCGAGUUGAAGCUCUACGUGGCAUCUGUGUCCAGCGUCUACAACAUGCCACCUCGUGAUGCUAGCCUGCCGCCGGUGGAUCAUCACCCUGUCCUGGGUGUGGUAGAGAAGCACUUUGCGACAAUCGAGCGCGUUUGCAUCCACCACACGCAGUACGAGGAGCUGAUGGAGCAGGUCUGCUUGGCUUUCAGUUACAUCCUCGGUUUCUCCAGGGAGUACGUUCCAAGCUCGAAGGUAUUCGUGCCAAUGAUGAAGCUAAUGGCUAGAUGCUGUGAGUUUCACCCGCAGCCAUACUACAUGAGUCUCGUACGGGCCACCAUUGGCUUCUUCGCUGCUAACACGAACAAAGAGAUGGAUGCCAUCCUUGUGGACCUCACAGGUCUCUUCAUUCUUCCGGUGGCAAAGAACAUGGCCUCGUCGAGCUCGACCCUCCUGCCGCCACCUAUCAGUGCCGCCGCGUACGAAAUGAUGACGGAGGCUGUAAGGCACUGGAACCUCUCAUUACUCGCUAUCGAGCAUACCGCGUGGAUGCCGGAAGUGCUGGACUGCACCAUCGAGGCUCUUCCUCAUCUCACCGAAGUGGGCCAGGCUCAGUAUGAGAGGACCAUCACUGCGAUGCUGAGGUUUCUGCGGAAUAUCCUCCUUUGGGGAGAUCCGGACACAUCGCGUGGGGACAAUGCCCCGGAGCUAGUCCAGCUCCAAAAGCAAGCGCAGGCGCCGCUGCACCGAUUCAUCAGGAUUCCGCAGUAG